CGCGCCCUUGCCCUGGGCCCGGGCUGUGCCCGCCCGCAGCCCGGCCCGCGUCCCCGCGCUGCGCCGCCCGGCCGGGUGCAUGCAUUGUGGGCCUCCCGACAUGGUCUGCGAGACGAAGAUCGUGGCCGCCGAGGACCAUGAGGCGCUGCCGGGGGCCAAGAAGGACGCGCUGCUCGCCGCCGCCGGCGCCAUGUGGCCCCCGCUGCCCGCCGCGCCCGGGCCGGCCGCCGCGCCCGCCGCGCCCCCGCCCGGCCCCCAACCCCGCGGCGGCGCGGGGGGCGCGGGACCGCCGGGGGGGCGCGGCGUGUACAUCCGCGAGUUCCGCGCUGCCGAGCAGGAGGCGGCGCGCCGCAUCUUCUACGACGGCAUCAUGGAGCGCAUCCCCAACACGGCCUUCCGCGGCCUGCGGCAGCACCCGCGCACGCAGCUGCUCUACGCCCUGCUGGCCGUGCUGUGUUUCGCCCUGACCCGCUCGCUGAUGCUGACGUGCCUGGUGCUGGCCGGGCUGCUGGGCCUGCGUUACUACUACAGCCGGAAGGUGGUCCUCGCCUACCUGGACUGCGCUCUGCACACGGACAUGGCGGACAUCGAGCAGUACUACAUGAAGCCCCCCGGCUCCUGCUUCUGGGUGGCCGUGCUGGAUGGCAACGUGGUGGGCAUCGUGGCGGCGCGGGCCCACGAGGCAGACAACACGGUGGAGCUGCUGCGCAUGUCCGUGGACUCGCGUUUCCGUGGCAAGGGCAUCGCCAAGGCGCUGGGCCGCAAGGUGCUGGAGUUCGCUCUGGUGCACAACUACUCUGCGGUGGUGCUGGGCACGACAGCCGUCAAGGUGGCCGCCCACAAGCUCUACGAGUCGCUGGGCUUCAGACACAUGGGCUCCAGUGACCACUACGUGCUGCCCGGCAUGACCCUGUCGCUGGCCGAGCGCCUCUUCUUCCAGGUCCGCUACCACCGCUACCGCCUGCAGCUGCGCGAGGAGUGACCGCCGCCCGCCCGCCCGCCGCCCCGGCCGCCUGUGCCCGCCUGCCCACCGCCCGGGCCCGCUUUCAGACGCUCACCUUGGCGUUUGCGUUGGAUUUUUCCUUUCCACCAUCACGCGGUUCUCUGGCUGGUCCUCCAGGGGCUGUGGGGCUGUUGCUCAUCUGUGACACUUUGGGGCUUGGUUGUUUGCAGCCACGGCCCCCCGCCUCCCCAGCCUGCCGGGGCCGCGUCCUGAGGAGCGACAGCAUGGACCGCCGCGUGCCCACGUGCCUGCUCAGCCCGGCCCACCGAGCACAGAGCCUCUGCGGCGCGGCCCCUGCCCCGGCGGGCCCCUGGCCGCCAGCCAGGCUGGGGCUUGGUAGCCAGGCCCCGGGAGGCGUGGCCUGCUGGGCUGGCCGGCCACCGCCCCGUGGGGCACUGAGCUGGCCACGGGCCCCGCUUUGCUCUGUGCAUGCUGAGGACAUGGCCUGGCUGCCGCAUGCCCACGGCCUCCUGCCCCGCUGCCCUGCUCAGACUGGGCCUAGACAGGUGAGCGCCCCCUGCCCGACCUGCCAGCUAGCCACGGCAGCCCACCUGCUCUCGGGAGGGCUCACCUGCCUCUCACCACCCCUCGCUGCCCUCCCCCCCCCCGGCCCAGCUUUGCUUUGACACCGAGUCCCAUUUCUUUCCUUUCGGUCCCUGCCCCUCCCCUGCCCCGGCUUUGCUGAUUGGCAUCGUCACCCAGGUGUGGUUCCCGUAGCAACCUGUUGCACAGCCUGGUCAGGGUCCUUCAGGAGAGCAGGGUGGGGAGGCAGUCACGCAGUCGCCUCUCCCCAGGGCCAGCUAGGUUACAGUGGCCUUUCCCAGACCUCCCCGAGGACCGCUCUGCCUCACGGCUGAUGGGCUGUGCCCUGUGAAUCUUACUAAGCCAGGCCGCUGCCAACACCACUGAGCCCACAGCUUCUCCCAGCCUGAAACCGACCUAUUUUUUAAUAAGUUAUUUAGACAGAAUAGCACUCUGCAUGACUUUAAUUCUUGGGACAAAAUGGUAGUUUAUACCUAACACACACACACGCACACACACACGCACCUGUGUGGUCUAGAAUAUGCACUAUUUCUGGCCCAGUUUUGUGGGGGCGGGUGGCUGGGUGGGUGGAGGGUUUCAGAUUUUGAAAUCUGAAGGGAGACCCUGAUUUAACAUUCUUUCCCUCAAAAGAGCAUUCCUGGUUUGUGAGGAGGCCCUGGGCUGCCCCUGUCCAGCCUUGACUUGUGGGGCUGAGGUGAGGAUGGCAGCACAUUCCCUGCUGCCUCUGGGAGGGCGAGUGCUGUCCAGCUUGGCUGGGAGGGGGGCAGCCUGGCCGUGCUCCCAGCCUCUCCCUCCUGAGGAGGGAGACGGCGGUCAGGUGUGAGGUGGCCUGGACAGGGGGGAGGAAAGGGGUCGUUGGCAGUGCUCACGUGUCCAGCUUGUAAGCCUGGACCCGGCCAUGGUGGCAGGAGGGCCCUAAAUGCCCACCGAGGCCCCUCUAUUUCGGGAGCUGGGAGAGGGGGAGUGGCAGGCACGGUGGGCCAUGGAGCUGGGUCCCGUCUAGGGGACACGGACGGGACGUUCUUAGAAAGGUGCUUCGGAAACUAGCAAACGCGCGAAGCAAGCCGUUUCCUGAGGGGCCUUUCGUGCUGUCAGCAAUUGAGAUAUUUGCAGAACAUUGUAUAGAUCCCGCUCUCUCCCCUGUACAUUUCUCCCUGGUGGCGUCCGGUCCCUGCUUGGGGAUGGGAGUUUUGUAGACUGUACAGAAAUCGGCACCCUAUUUUCUUGCAGCUCUCAGAUUUUGUUAAUCUGGAUUAUACAGACAGACGUAAAGUGUUUUAGCAAAAUGGAAAACAAACAGUUGUGCCUUUUUCCUCUUUUUGUUUGGUUUGGUUUUGGCUUGGGGUGGCCUUAGUUGGUGUGGGGCGUGUUGGGGGCUGUGGCUGGGCUGAGGCCUGGAGGGGCAGGAAGGGCGGGUGGGCGCCAUGCGGGCCCAGCAUGGUGGGCUGUGUCUUGUCAGUGGUAGCUUGGGGAUGCUGCCAGCUUCCAUUGAUCCUGUGCCUUUGGAGCCUUGGGUCCCUGGUGUGGGGACGUGUGGGUGGGGGCCGUUGGAGCCCACUGGGGCUGCGGCAGAGCCGGGGCUCUGGAGCUGCCAGCAUCUGGGGGACGUUGGCCAAAGCGUGUCACCAGGCUUGCUCCUGGGCAGACGCGUGGCCCUUUCCUGUCCUGCUGGCGUCUGUCUGUUCGUGUAGGAUCUGUGGGCUGGGUGGGCUGCAGUGUCUUCCCUAGCCCCACCGCGGUGGUGGCCAAAGGUACCAGCUGGCUGUGCCCCGUACUUGGGACAGGGCCUUCGCUUGGCCCGUGCGCAGCUUGGCAGCCCCUGAGGUCACUGGGGGAGCAGACCCCCCCUCGUUCCCCUGGGCCGGAGGCUGGGCACACUCAUGGGGAACGCCUGUCCCUGGCUGGCCACUUCCCUCCAGCCUGGGAACUAACUCCUCCACAAACACGCACCAAGAUAGGAAUUUUAUACAUUUGUAGAAAUCCUGAUGUUACUUCUACCUCUGUGAAGCGUCCACCUGGGGCUCUGCUCAGUGGUGUAUCUGGGCAGCUCUUGGCGUUGUCAGGCCCUGGGCCCCCUCCCCCUCCCUGCUGGCCUCCUGGGCCUCCCUCAGUGGCUCCUGCCGAGGCCCCGGGGAAGCCGGCCCCCAGGCGUGGCGCCCAUGUUCAGGAGACAGGGCUCCCAGGACUUUUGGAAGCCUCUGUUUUUGGAUGGGCAAGCAGGAGGUGGGGUGUUCCAGACUGUCUCUGUUAGAUGAGCCUGGAACACAAACCCAGUGGGCAGCUCGGGGCAGUGGGAUGCAGGACGGCUGAGAACUCUAGCCCCUCCGGAUGGCCCAGCACCACCAGCGUCCCCCAGGUAUGGGGUCUUCAGAGAGGCUGGCCCCUGAGGGUGGUGGCCACACUGAGUUGUCUGCGGUGCUGAGGCGGCCAGCCGUGUGGAGGCUCAUGGUGACAUCUGUCCCCUUUCCCCCAUACCCACGUCCAGCCUGGCUUCCCACUGCUGCCCUUGGGCGGAUGGGACAGAGAGAUGCGCCAGCCUGCCUCAGGGAAGCGGGGGCAGCCCUGGGAGAAGGCUUGAACUGGGAGGCCCUACAGCUGGGCUGAGGCCACGAGGUCCUCAGGCAGCCCCCGUCCUGCCCUGGGUGUGUCCUUCCUCAGAGAAGGCCUUUCCAGGGGACAGGCUGGGGGCUGCUCCUCAGAUGGCUUCCUUGGGAAUCUGGCAAGUGCUGGGGAAGCUCUCUGGGCCACAGGGAGUCACGCAGUGUGAGUGCCUGCCAUGGCCGGCCCCAUGUGGCCUAGAGCCUGGGCCCUCGCUGGGCUGGGGCCAGGUCAGGGGCUGAGCCCCUCUGGAGCCACCCUCCACACCUGUCUGCGUCCAGGGAACGGCUGACAGCCCAGCCCCCCUCCCAGCAGGUGGGCAGCAUGGGUCCUGACUGUUUUGGCCACGGCCAGUGUUCCUGUGCUGGUGGGCCUUUGGCUGAGGCUUUCGGGGCUUGUGUUGUGGGCUGGGUGUGGGGCAGAUCCUGGAAUGUUUGCCCUUUGGUGCCGAGAGCGGGGCCGCCCAGGGCCCGGGGUGGAGGAGAAGGGGCCCGACCUGCCAUUGUUGGAUGUAUUUUUUUUUUGUAACAGCAAUAAUUAGCCGUUUUGAAGAAGGGGUGUGUCUGUGUGUGUGCGUGCCUGUGUGUGCGUGUGCAUACACGUGCAUGCCUGUGCCUGUGUGUACCUGCACAUGUGUGCACAUGUGUGUAAGUGUGCGGUGACAGGGAGGGGACCUUCUGCUACAGGCUGCGUGGGCUGGCACUCAGCCCCACGCUGAGACACAGGCGCCCCGGCUUGGUGCUGUGCUUCCUUCUCCCAGGCCUGCCCCAGGGCCCAGUGGACCUUGAAUGUAGUGCUCCUUCCCCCCUGGCAGAUGGCACUGGACGGGCCUGUGUGAAGCGGGGGGACCCGGGAUAAGCCUUUGCCUGGGUCUCCGGGGAGGACGCUCAGCCAGACCAGCCAAGAUCAGAUUUGAUGACACGGAGUCACCUUGGUUAGGCUGUUUGACCACAGCCACUGCGGACACCGUGUCUUAGGGCGAGCAGAGCCCAGAUCAUGUCAUGGUGGCUGGGUUCACUUCCUGUGGUUCACUUCCUUACUGUUGAUGACCCCACAAUUGUGGCAACUGUCCUGAGACCCCAGGAUGUGCCAGAACAGCCCUCGGGAGGGUCCGGAGGGGCAAGGGAGACAGGCUGCAGGGCCAGGGGCAGGUGGGGGUCCCAGGCUUCCUGUGGGUGUGUGAGCAGUGGGGGCGG